AUGUCGGACUUAUUCGACGCGUUCGAUGACGAUAAAAAAGGAAAGAAGAAGAUGAUGCGCACACCUCCUGGAGGAGGGUUCGUGAGACCACCACCGGCUGGAAGUAAUACCACUACUCAUUCUGCGGAGACGACGACGAAUCUUAAACCGACCGCGAGCGCGUUCGUUCCCGGAGGAGGAGGAGGAGGAGGAUUAGGAGGUGCAGCCGCCUCUGGUGCUGCGCCUGUACCGCCUCAAGCGGUUUCGUCGACGCUCGAUGAACAACGAGGAGAUGAAGAACAAAAAGAAGAAGUAGAAGAAGUAGUAUCGUCUGUGAUGCAAAAGGUCGCGAAAACGUUAACGAUUGGCGGCGAUUCCGGCUCGGAUUCCGCGUUAUCUCAAAUGGCCGAACGCGAACAGAAGUUAAAAGAAGAACAACAACGCAAAGAAGAAAAAGAAGAAGCGAAGAGGUUACAACAGAUGGAAAAAGAGAGGAAAGACUCAGAGCGAAAGAAAGAAGCGGAAGAGGAAGAGAAACAGUUGAUGGAAGAGUUGGCGAAUAGUAAAGACGCGGAUAGUCGAGAACAUUUGAACUUGGUGUUUAUCGGACACGUCGACGCCGGGAAAUCGACCAUCGGAGGGCAGAUUUUGUAUCUCUCCGGUCAAGUCGAUCAGAGAGUCAUCGAAAAGUACGAACGAGAGGCGAAGGAUAAAAAUCGAGAUUCGUGGUACAUGGCGUACAUCAUGGACACUUCGGAAGAGGAAAGAGCGAAAGGGAAAACCGUGGAGGUUGGUAAAGCGCAUUUCGCGACGGAGAAGAAAAGAUACACCGUGUUGGACGCGCCGGGGCACAAAAAUUACGUGCCGAACAUGAUCGCCGGCGCCGCGCAAGCCGACGUCGGCGUUCUGGUCAUCGCGGCGAGGAAAGGCGAAUUCGAAACCGGGUUUGAAAAAGGCGGGCAAACCAGAGAGCACGCGCAGUUGGCGAAAACUUUAGGCGUUACAAAGUUAGUCGUGGUGGUGAACAAAAUGGACGAUCCGAGCGUCAAGUGGGAUAAAAAAAGAUUCGACGAAGUACACACGAAACUGAUUCCGUUUUUGAAAAUAUGCGGGUACAAAGAAAAAGACAUCACGUUCGUCCCGAUUUCCGGAUUAAAAGGUACGAACGUGAAAGAUCUCGUCUCGAAAAGCGAGUGCGAUUGGUACGGCGGCAAAUCGUUCUUCGACACGUUGGACGAUUUAGAACCGAUGGAUCGAGAUCCGAACGCGCCGUUUCGCAUGCCGGUGAUGGACAAAUACGCGGAGAUGGGGUGCAUGGUCAUGGGAAAAACCGAAUCUGGGGCGUGUCGAGUCGGACAAAAGCUCACGUUAAUGCCCGGUAGAAUCGAUUGUAAAAUUGAAAAGCUUUGGCAAGACGAAGACGAGUGUUCCAUUUGCAAGUGCGGCGAAAACGUGAGAAUGAAACUCUCCGGCGUGGACGAAAAAGAUAUCCAUCCCGGGAUGGUCUUGUGCCCGCCGAACAAAUUGGUCCACGUCACGCAAGAAAUCGAGUGCCAACUCGCCAUCGUGGAAUUGUUAGACCACAAAUCCAUCUUUUCCACCGGCUACAACGCCGUCAUCCACAUCCACUCCGUCACCGAGGAAAUCGAAGUCAAGAAACUCGUCAGCGAAAUGGACCCGAAAACUCGAAAGCCGAAAGAAAGUAAGUGCAAAUACUUAAAAGCUGGAUCCAUCGGCGCCGUUCGAAUUACCAUCGCCGCGCCAAUCUGCGUGGAAAAGUUCUCCGACGUCCCUCAGUUAGGGAGGUUCACCUUGAGAGACGAAGGGAAAACCAUCGCCAUCGGGAAGGUUUUACGGAUCAAACCGAAAUCCGAGGAAAUCGAUAACAUGGCCAAGACGACCGGUGGCGCUGCCGUCUGA